AUGUCGAAAGAAACAGCGUCUAUGAGAGAAAUAAAACACAACCGACAACUCAUUUUGCAAGCUCUAAAUAAGAACACAACAAACUUUUCAAACUAUUCUAAGAUAUCUGAGUCAUUGAAAGAAGGAAACUUAAAACUGACAUUAAACCCAUUGACAGACGAGUUUCUAUUUCAAGACAGUAAGAACCAUACUGUUUGUAUAAAUCCAACAAAAGGAACUUUAAACGAGAAACCUAUAAAAGAACUUCUUUUGAAAGCAGAUGUUGACAACAAAGCUGACAAAGAGUAUGUCAUUGAAAAAGUUCAAGAAGAACAUGACAGAGCAGAUGCAACAUAUGCAACGAAAGAGGAUGUUGACAACAAAGCUGACAAAGAGUAUGUCAUUGAAAAAGUUCAAGAAGAACAUGACAGAGCAGAUGCAACAUAUGCAACGAAAGAGGAUGUUGACAACAAAGCUGACAAAGAGUAUGUCAUUGAAAAAGUUCAAGAAGAACAUGACAGAGCAGAUGCAACAUAUGCAACGAAAGAACAUACUCAUCCUGAACUAGCGGACAAAACAUAUGUUGACAAUAAAAUGUCAAGUGAAGUGACAAGAGCUGACAAAGAAUAUUCUAAAAAGACUCAUAUACAUACCAUUGCAAAUAUUACAAACUUACAAGAAACCUUAAACAGGAAAAGUGACGUUGGACAUACACAUACCAUUGCAAAUAUUACAAACUUACAAGAAACCUUAAACAGGAAAAGUGACGUUGGACAUACACAUACCAUUGCAAAUAUUACAAACUUACAAGAAACCUUAAACAGGAAAAGUGACGUUGGACAUACACAUACCAUUGCAAAUAUUACAAACUUACAAGAAACCUUAAACAGGAAAAGUGACGUUGGACAUACACAUACAUCUUCUGAAAUAACAGACUUAAACGUUAGCCUUGAAAAGAAAGCAGAUAAAACAUAUGUCAAUGAAAUAUACCAAAGUUUAGUUGGAACAACAAAAAAUAUUGAAACUAUUGUUGGUGACUUUUCUGUCAAUGAAGAAAACAAAUAUUUUAGAUGGGAGUUUGUACAUUCCUUAAAAAAUGGUAUACGGUAUAAACUCAUUCCGAAAAAUAACAAUGAAAUGUAUGUAAGCUAUAAAAAGAACGAUGGUACACAAGUUAAAGUUCCAUUAGACAACAACUGCUACUUAAACUUAUAUGGAGACGAACAAAAGAAAUAUUUAAGAGUUUAUGAAAUGGCAGAUAUGACAUUGCCUGACCCAGCUCCAGCACCAUACUAUUAUGACUAUGGAGAUGACGAAAGAAUACUACACGCAGAUGAACAAAAGCUAACAUUAUAUUUAGAUUUUUAUAGAUAUAAAAGAUAUAAUGCAAUAGAAAAAACGAGAAUAGUAUACUAUUAUACAGAUGACAGAAAUAAAUAUUAUAGUCAAGAUUUUACCUACCCUGAAAACAUAAGAUUAUAUUAUAAAAAAUAUUCUGACACAAAAAAGAAGAAACCUGAAAUAGUUGCACUAUAUUUUAAGUUCAAAAGAGACAAUCCUAUAAUAUCUCAUAUGUUUGAUUUAAUGAACCCAGUAGGUUCUAUUUACACGUCAAUGGAAGCAAGAGGUCCUCAAGCAAUGUUUGGUGUUGGUGCAUGGGAACAAAUAGUCGACAGGUUUUUGUAUUGUGCAAACUCUUCAAAGGAAACAGGUGGAAGUAAAACGAUUUCAGGUGAAAACUUACCUGCGCACAGUCACUACAUAGAUUUAAGUACAUCUCAAGCAGGUUGGCAUAAGCAUAGAUAUUGGAAUUGGUCAGCAAUGACAAAAGGUAAAGGAUAUGAUGUUAAAGACAACGUUCAGUUUGCUAUAAAUUGUUACUGGAGUAACACUGAGGGAGGAGGAAACCAUAUACAUCGCGUUUCAGGGUAUACGCAAACAACGGGACAAAGUAAAGAAUACAUGCCACCUUACAUGACAGUUUACGCAUGGUAUAGAAUUGCUUAG